GCCUCUCAGCGCGGGCGCCCGCAGAGCAGCGGCGCGCCCGUCCCCGCCGCGCCAUGCCGCUGGGGCACAUCAUGAGGCUGGACCUGGAGAGAAUCGCCCUGGAGUACGUCGUGCCCUGCUUGCACGACAUCGGCUUCUGCUACCUGGACAACUUUUUAGGGGAGGUGGUGGGGGACUGCGUGCUGGAGCGGGUGAAGCGGAUGCACCGCGACGGGGAGCUGGCCGACGGGCAGCUGGCCGGCCCCAGCCGCGGUGUCGCCAAGCGGCAUCUCCGCGGCGACCAGAUCAAGUGGAUCGGCGGCACGGAGGAGGGCUGCGAGGCCAUCAACUUUCUCCUCACGCUGAUUGACCGGCUGGUGAUGUACUGCGGGAGCCGGCUCGGCAAGUACUACGUGAAAGAGCGAUCCAAGGCCAUGGUUGCUUGCUAUCCUGGAAAUGGAACUGGGUAUGUUCGUCAUGUGGACAAUCCAAAUGGUGAUGGACGCUGCAUCACCUGUAUUUAUUACCUGAAUAAGAACUGGGACUCCAAGCUGCAUGGUGGAAUUCUUCGAAUAUUCCCAGAAGGAAAGUCCUAUGUAGCAGAUGUUGAGCCCAUUUUUGACCGAUUACUUUUUUUUUGGUCAGAUCGAAGGAACCCACAUGAAGUCCAGCCUUCAUAUGCAACCAGAUAUGCCAUGACUGUGUGGUAUUUUGAUGCCGAAGAAAGAGCAGAAGCCAAAAAGAAGUUCAGGAACUUAACGGAUGCGAGAAAGAGAGAAGCACCUCUUAAUGAAGACUAAUCAGCUGUUCAUGAACUCUUUUGAGGAAAUAAGAUCCCAAAGAUGACUUCAAUUUCCAGCAAAUCAGGGCAAAACAUUUUUAUGCACAAGAAUGCACUGGUUGUGUCUGGGGUGUGCAUCUUACGCUGAUGGUACUUAAGGCAGCCUCCUGUCAUGCUGCAUCUGGUAGAAGAAAGACUUGUUUUCUCUUUGCCUUUUGCUGGAAAAAAUAACCAGGGUUUAAAAAAAAAAAAAAAAAGA